AUGUUGAAUACUUAUUAUUUUGAUUUGUUGGGGUUUAAUGAUGAAGACAUUGAUGUAAUGUUAAUAGUUAGUAGAAUUAGAACUUUGUGUAAUGAGUUAUGUGAGACAUUUUCUUCAACUUCUACUCAUGAUGAAGAAGCGGAGCCUCCACUACCUCCAUCAUCCUCCAAAUUCACAAAAUGGGGUAACAAAAUUUUAGAAAGGAGGAAGAGGCCUAGAACAUCCGGCACAUAUUCGGAGCUUGAAGUUUAUUUAACAACAGUUUUUGAGUUUGGUGAUGAUACAGGUCCAAAUUUUUCAAUUUUGGAAUGGUGGAGUAGGCACACAGAGACUUUUCCUACUUUAGCCAAGAUUGCUAAACAACUCCUUGCAGUUCCCGCCUCAACCGUCGCAGUUGAACAAACAUUUAGUAAUGGAGGCAACAUUUUAGAUGAAAGACGAUCAAGGUUAGGUCCAGAAUCAUUGGAAGCACAAACUUGCCUUGAUGAUUGGGAAAGAGCUAGGCUACGAAGUCAAGAAGAUCUUAUACACUCAUCAUCAUCAGACGAGUGGGUAAAUGAUGGCUCAGGUACAACAACGGCGGCUUCUAGUUCCAACUCCUCCGAUGAUGAUGCAAGCAAUUAG